AGAUGAUACGCGCUGACCGGUGACGGGCGACUUCUCCCCUCAGCCCCCUAGUCCUCCCAAGCGGGGUCAUCAUCCGCGGCUCUUGUAUCCACCUUCUGGUGACCCGACCACCUGCGCCUAGUACCUGUCGGCAAAAUGACGAUGAACUUCGUGACCUUUAACCAGGACUACAGCUACCUGGCUGUCGCCACCUCCAAAGGAUUUCGCAUAUUCACUACCGAACCAUUUGCCAAGAGCUAUGAGACCAAAGAGGGGAACAUCGCGGUGAUUGAGAUGCUUUUUUCAACCUCCCUGGUUGCUCUCAUAUUAUCGCCCCGUCGUCUACAAAUCACAAACACCAAGCGUCAAAGUACAAUAUGUGAAUUGACAUUCCCAACUACAGUUCUAGCUGUCAAGUUGAAUCGCAAACGUCUCGUCAUCGUGCUGGAGGAUCAGAUCUAUCUCUACGAUAUUCAGACCAUGAAGCUCUUGUCUACAAUUGAUACGUCACCUAACCCACACGCCACCUGUGCCUUGGCACCAUCUUCGGAUAAUUGUUACAUGGCGUAUCCCCUGCCUCAAAAGGCCCCGGCAACGAUGAAGCCACCAGCCCAUGCACCACCGGGAACAACUCACGUCUCGCCAACAACCGGAGAUGUUCUCAUCUUUGAUGCGCAGAAACUCGAAGCUAUCAACGUCAUUGAAGCGCACCGCUCUCCGUUGGCCUGUAUCACACUCAACAGUGAAGGGACUCUGCUUGCAACGGCCUCGGACAAGGGAACGAUUAUCCGCGUUUUCUCAGUUCCCGAUGGUCGUAAACUCUACCAGUUCCGACGUGGCUCUAUGCCCUCACGCAUCUACAGCAUGUCCUUCAACACCACGUCGACACUUCUUUGUGUCUCCUCGUCUACCGAGACCAUUCAUCUCUUCAAACUGAGUCAGCAAGGUCCACCCUCUGAAGGUUCCCCUCCCUCGCAAUCUCCGCCUGCCCGUGAGUCGUAUUACGGGAGCAGUCAUUUUGGGAGCGCGCACGAUGACGAUGAGGCGGGCAGUGAAACCGGAGCGGAUUUGGCAACCCGAAAGCACAACGGCACUUUGAUAGGAAUGCUCCGUCGGACGUCUCAAAAUGUCGGAGGAGCUGUUGCUUCAAGGGUGGGCGGCUACCUUCCCAAGGGCGUGAGUGAGAUGUGGGAACCAGCGCGUGACUUCGCCUGGAUAAAAAUACCACGAUCCAAUCAAGCUCAAGGUGGGAAUGGAGGCGCCAGCCCUCUCCGGAGUGUUGUUGCUAUGAGCAAUAGUUCUCCUCAGGUGAUGGUCGUGACCAGUGAUGGCAACUUUUAUGUCUUCAACAUCGAUCUAUCCAAGGGUGGGGAAGGGACCCUCACCAAACAAUACUCGGUGGUCGAUUCGAAUGACAGACUAGGAAACCCCGCGAUGGACUUCUGA